AUGCUGGUAGAGAUACGGGCAAAACCUUUCAACAUAACCAUCUUACAGGCGUACGCACCAACACAAGAUUAUUCUGACGACGAGAUCGAAGACUUCUAUGGAAAAAUAGAGAAUACCAUCAGACAAGUAAAAUCAAGGGAUGUACUUAUAGUCAUGGGAGAUUUCAACGCCAAAGUUGGCGGAUCACACCAACCACCCACAACAGACAAAUAUGGCCUAGGAGAACAAAAUGACAGGGGAGAAAGACUAAUACAAUUCUGCGAGGAGCACAAUCUAGUUAUUGGGAAUACCUUUUUCCAACACCCACAAAGAAGAUUAUACACCGGGUCAAGUCCAGGAGACAUGUACCGGAACCAGAUAGACUUCAUCAUGAUCAGAGGCAGAUUUAAAAACAGCUUCAAACAGGUAAAGACAUACCCUGGAGCAGACAUCUACUCAGACCACAAGCCAGUAGUGGCGACAAUUGCAUUGAAAGUGAAGAAAACACAAAAUCCAAACUAUGGAACAAAGAAAUAUGAUCUAUCUACUCUUCAACAACCAGACAUGCGGCAUUCAUACGCAGUUGAGGUGCAGAACAGAUUUGAGACACUGCUAAAGGAAGACACCGAACAACAUGAAAGCGACGUAGACAGGAUAGAGGCACAAUGGAAAAACAUAAAAGAAAGUAUACAACAUGCCAACGAGGAAACUCUUCACCGGAAGGAAAGAAAGGCCAAGCAUCCAUGGAUGACGGAUCAUAUCCUAAAACUCAUGACCGAAAGGAAAAAGAAGAAAAACACAGCGGAAUAUCACUCAAUUAACAAACAGAUUCAGAAAGAGUGCCGAAAGAGAAAGGAGGCAUGGCUACAAAGGAAAUGCGAGGAGAUCGAAACCCUGGAUAGAAAACAUCAAACAAAAGAAAUGUAUGACAGGAUCAAAGAGCUGACAAACACAAAACCAACAAACAAAGGAACUGGCUGCAUAAGAAGUAAAGAGGGAAGCAUCAUCUUUGACCAACAAGAAAUAUCAAGCAGAUGGGUUGAAUAUGUGACUGAGCUGUUCGGUGAUGAGAGAGAACCAAAACCCACCAUCAAUAAUGAGGAUGGCCCACCGAUCCUCCUACAGGAGGUCAAAUAUGCCAUAAAUCAACUCAGAUGUGGAAAAGCUCCUGGACCUGACAGCAUCACUGCUGAGAUGCUAAAAGCACUUGAGAAAGAAAGUCUAGAAACAUUUACAGAACUGUGUAAAAACAUCUACAAUACGGUCCAUAUCCCAGAAGACUUUAGACAAUCAAUUUUUGUGACAAUCCCGAAGAAAAUGAAAGACAUGGACAAGGGAUGA